CGUAAGAAAAAAUCCUUAAAAAAUAUUUGCUGGUUGUAAUUUAUAUUUUUUCUUUAAUGCAGUUUUGCAUUUUAUUUCCAAAAAACAUUUAGAAGCAAUGUAUCAUCAUCGGUUGUAAUUUUUUGUAUUGCUUAAAGUUAAUAUUAAAAAUAAAAUUAGUUCGAUUCUUUAAACGCAAUUUUUGCUUAAAGAGAAGAAGAAUUAAGAAACACACACGAAACAACAACAACAACAACAAAAAUCAAAUAAAUCUUCCUUCAGAAUGGCCUUAACCAUAAAUAAGUGCUGCUGCUGCAUCAGCCUCCCAACAGCUUGUAUUAUCGUAGGCGUUCUAGGUGGUGUAUUUUCUCUGAUAAAAUCUAUUGAAUGUUUAACGGAUCUAUAUGAUUUGCAUCAAAUUGGACAAAUCAAUGGUCAUGAUGAUGAAACUGCUCGUAGUAGUUCGAAAUAUGAUAUAUAUUAUGUUCUGGUUCCUAAUAUUGUUUAUGUGAUAACAUCUGUUUUGCUCAUCAUUGGAAUUAAAAAGAACUCACAUCUGAUGUUACUACCUUGGAUUAUUAUCAAUGUAAUUGUGCUGCUGUUAUACGUUCCAAUUAUAUUGUUUUUCUUUUAUUACGCUGAUCUUAAAUUAACAACGAGGGAUAUUUUAAAAGCUAGUGGAAUAUUUGGUUUAGUUUUUGUUAUCAGUUUUUGGAUAUGGAUAUCAGUAUACUCACUAUUCAAAGAAAUUCGAAGUAAACGAAACGAACAACUACCAGAAAAUGAAAAAAACUUAAUAAAUUUAUAUCCUCGUUAUGAAAUUGUUCAAUUGAAUGUUUAAAGUUAUAAUAUUUGUUUUUAUUUAUUUUUUUACUUCCAAAGUAUUCAUAAGCACUAAAAAAACCAAUUUAAUGACUCCAUAAAAGACUUAAACGAAUGAAAUUAUAUCGAACAAUGUUUUAAAUUUAAACAAUAAAUA